CUUGGUACCUUCCUGCUUCCUCCUUCUUCCUUCCAUAUAUAGAACACUUAAGCUCGUCCCUUCGUCUUCACAAUCUCUCUUCGUCUUCCUUUUCUCAGUCUCUAGUCUGGCUUAUUCAGCGCUUUUUAGCUGAUAAUCUCGCCGGCAUUUCUCUUCUCUCUCUCUUUUUUUUUUAUUCUCUUUGUGAAGCUAUGGAAAAGUUUGCGUCCGUGGCUGCUCUGUUUCUGCUUCUCUGUUUUCCGGUAGCUUUCUCCGGUCAUGAUUACGGCCAAGCACUUUCCAAGAGUCUUCUUUUCUUCGAAGCUCAGAGAUCUGGUGUCCUCCCUGGUAACCAGAGAGUCACUUGGCGUUCUCACUCCGGUCUCAACGACGGCAAAUCAAGCGGCGUGAAUCUGGUCGGAGGUUAUUACGACGCCGGAGACAAUGUGAAAUUCGGACUUCCGAUGGCUUUCACGGUGACAAUGAUGGCUUGGAGCGUCAUUGAAUACGGCAAUCAAUUAGCAACUAACGGCGAGCUUGGCCACUCCAUUGACGCCAUUAAAUGGGGAACUGAUUACUUCAUCAAAGCCCAUCCUGAGCCCAACGUCCUCUACGGCGAGGUAGGAGACGGCAACACCGACCAUUACUGCUGGCAGAGACCGGAAGAAAUGACGACGGACCGGAAAGCGUACCGGAUAGAUCCGAGUAAUCCCGGGUCGGAUCUCGCCGGAGAAACAGCAGCUGCCAUGGCCGCCGCAUCAAUCGUCUUCCGCCGGACUAACCCUGCUUACUCUAGGCUACUACUCACUCACGCUUAUCAGCUGUUUGAUUUCGCCGACAAAUACAGAGGAAAGUACGACAGCAGUAUCACCGUUGCUCAGAAGUAUUACCGAUCCGUCAGUGGCUACAAUGACGAGUUACUAUGGGCAGCUGCGUGGCUAUACCAAGCAUCGAACAACCAGUUCUACUUGGACUACUUGGGUCGCAACGGUGACUCCAUGGGUGGGACCGGUUGGUCCAUGACCGAGUUCGGUUGGGAUGUUAAGUACGCUGGUGUUCAAACCCUUGUCGCCAAGUUCUUGAUGCAAGGCAAAGCAGGACGUCACACGCCUGUGUUUCAGAGGUUUCAACAGAAAGCUGAUUUCUUCAUGUGUUCGUUGUUGGGCAAAGGCUCGAGGAACGUUCAGAGGACACCAGGUGGCUUGAUCUUCAGACAGCAUUGGAACAACAUGCAGUUUGUCACAAGUGCUUCCUUCUUGACCACGGUUUACUCUGAUUACCUAACUUCCUCUCGAAGCAACUUGAGAUGUUCUUCCGGAACUGUCGCUCCUUCGCAGCUUCUUUCCUUUGCUAAAUCUCAGGUGGAUUACAUUCUUGGAGAUAACCCAAGAGCAACGAGCUAUAUGGUUGGAUAUGGUAACAACUUCCCUCAGAGGGUUCACCACAGGGGCUCCUCUAUUGUCUCUUACAAGGUCGACCGCUCAUUUGUCACCUGCCGAGGUGGUUAUGCCACGUGGUACAGCCGUAAAGGCAGUGACCCGAACCUCCUCACUGGUGCUAUUGUCGGCGGUCCUGAUGCUUACGACAAUUUCGCCGAUAGGAGAGAUAACUAUGAGCAGACUGAGCCUGCUACUUACAACAACGCACCACUCCUUGGUGUUCUUGCUCGUCUCAGCAGUGGACACUCCGGUUAUAGCCAGCUUCUUCCAGUGGUUCCUGCUCCUGUUGUCAGAAGACCAAUGCCUAUUCGUAAACCGAGAGUGACCUCCCCGGUCCGAGCUUCUGGUCCAGUUGCUAUAGUUCAGAAGAUGACUGGUUCAUGGGUCUCAAAGGGAAGGACUUACUACAGAUACUCAACAACUGUGAUCAACAAAUCACCAAGAGCUCUGAAAAGUCUCAACCUUUCGAUCAAGAAUCUCUACGGACCAAUCUGGGGACUCUCGAGAUCAGGAAGCUCAUUCGGUUUGCCUUCGUGGAUGCACUCGUUGCAAUCCGGAAAGUCACUAGAGUUCGUCUACAUUCACUCAACCUCGCCCGCAAAUGUCGCGGUUUCAAGCUACACUUUGGCUUGACCAAAAUGAUGAAAAGAAAUCACAGUGUGUAUAGAGUCAUGAGAAGAAGAAGAAAGAAAGUGUUGGUUUUUCACUCUGGUUUGGUCUUUUUAUCUUCAUUUUCGUUUUUUCGGGUUUCUCUGGUGAAUAUAAAAGGGUUGAAGAAGGGUGGAAGAAAGGUGUGAAGAGACAGUGGAGACUCUUCAAAAAAAAUCAAGAAGAGUGAAAAGUGCUCAUCCUCUUUCUACUCCAAGUUCAGUGCUUUUUAAUUUUAUAUAUAAACAUAUAUAUAGUGAGAGAGAGGAAGAUAGAAAGAUAGUGUUUUGUGAGAUCUUCCUUCUCUUUAAAAAGGGAUCUUUGUGAGAUUUGCAAGGAUUGAUUUUUUUUUCAUUCCUUGUAGCUCAAGAAAGCAUGUCUAUGUCUCUGUCCUUUUGUGUUUUAUCUUUCUUGGUGUUCAGUUGUAAAACUCAACAACAGUUCUUAAUGAAAUGUGAUUUGGUUAUCAACUUGUGUUAAGUAUUUGUCUUCUACUGAUAAACUU